AUGGCACCCUCCACUCUGAGCAUCGAUCCUAUAGGUCUGAUGGACAGCCGCCCGUCUUUCUCCCACGUGGUCACUUCUCUAGGGGACAAUGUCCGUAUCGUCUUCACCGCGGGCCAGAUUGGCUCGGAUGCACAUGGUAAUAUCCCUGUCGACCCCUCAGAUCAAGUCCGCCUUGCCAUAGCGAACCUGAAGCGCUGUAUUGAAGCUGCUGGCGCCACGGUCCAGAAUAUCCAGAAGCUGGUCUACUACAUUGUGGACUACGAUCACACUAAACGCCACCACUUUCUGCCUCUGAAAGAGUUCCUUAACGGUCACCGACCAGCGACAUCUCUGGUUCCUGUCCCGAAGCUGGUGAAUCCCCAGGUUAAGUUUGAGAUUGAGGCAUACUUGGCCAUUCCCCAGCAUCCUGCACAAAAGGUCGAUGUCGUGGUUGUGGGCGCCGGGCUGAGUGGUCUGAGCGCUGCGUACCAGGUGCAGAAGGCUGGCUUCUCUUGUGCCGUCCUCGAGGCGCGGGAUAGGGUAGGCGGCAAAACAUGGUCUGUGGACGGUGCAGACAAGGGCAAGUUCGUCGACUUGGGUGCUGCCUGGAUCAACGACACGAAUCAGUCUGAGGUUAUUGCCUUGGCGAGAGCACUGGGGCUGCAGACUGUAGUGCAGAACACCACAGGAAGCGUCGUUCAGCAGGAUAUUGAUGGCAGGCUUUCAACGUUUCCUUACGGCGAUGUUCCAAAGACAUUCAUUGAGCCAGAUGGUGUUCAGAAAAUGCUUCAUAUCCGCGACAAGACUGAGGAAACCUGCCAGAGCCUCCAAAUUAAAGAUCCUGUCCGCACUGGCGCUCACCUAGACAAGAUGAAUUUCGAGGAAUGGGUUUUGGCCAACGGAGGCGGUAAGACCGGUCUUGCCUCGGCAACAGUCUGGACCCGGGCUAUGCUGGGUAUGGAGCCAAAAGAAUUGAGCGCUCUUUACUUCCUCAACUACUGUAAGAGUGGUGGCGGGCUUCUUCAGAUGCGAUCAGACGGAAAAGACGGUGGCCAGUACCUUCGUCUAGUCAAUGGAACUCAAAGUCUCUCCAUCGGUUUAUCUGGUCUGCUCAAACCAGAUUCACUGUACCUGCAGAGCCCCGUCAGGUACAUCGAGCAGACCUCGUCUGGCGUUGCCGUCUACUUGGCCAAUGGUACCUUUCACUGCAAAAGAGUGGUCGUGUCAGUUCCUACGCCGCUGUACAAGGAUAUCAUCUUCAACCCGCCUCUUCCUGAGGAUAAGCUUGAGCUGAGCAAAGCGAACAAGCUUGGAUAUAUCAACAAGGUCCUAGUUCGUUAUCCAUACCCAUGGUGGCGAAAGUCUGGCCUAUGCGGUAUGCUUCAGUCUUUUAUAGGGCCCGUGGCUGUUUCGCGUGACUCGAGUGUCGACGAGGUCGGAUCAUACUCACUCACCUGUUUUUGCGCUGGUGAUCCUGGUCGAGAACUAUCGAAGCUCUCCCAAGAGGACCGUUUCAAGAGUGUUACCGAGCAUAUCAAGGCCACGAUGGGCGUCGCUGCUGGUGUUGAAGUGCCGACGCCCCUAGGUAUUGAAGAGCAUCAAUGGGCUCACGAUCUAUGGGCUCAGGGAUGCCCUUGUCCUGCUCCACCGCCUGGCACCAUGACAAAACAUGAGCACGCCUUGAGGUCGAGUCAUGGUAAGGUGCAUUUUGUCGGUACAGAAACGGCGUACGAGUGGAAGGGUUAUAUGGAUGGAGCCAUCCGGUCAGGCAAAAGGGGAGCGAGGGAGGUUAUUGAUACCCUUACUACUCCAAAGCUAUAA